UUGAUACACGCACGUAGACUCAGUCCCGCGAGGUAUAUAAAUAGGACAUGUUUAGCUGCAUUUAAUUUAAAAACAUCUCGCGUGGAAGAGAUGUACAACCGAGAGUUCUUAAUAUGCAAAUUAGUUACUUAAAGACAUAAUUCAAGAUGAUUGAAGGGUACGGGGCAGUGACCCAAGCCCUUCUGGGGACACUCUUGACGUGGGGACUCACAGCAGCCGGCGCUUCUUUAGUAUUUUUUGUACGAGGAAAACAGAGAAAACUUCUUGAUGUUUCACUUGGUUUUGCGGCUGGUGUCAUGACUGCGGCGUCAUACUGGUCACUGUUAGACCCAGCAAUAACACUUUGUGAGAAACAGGGGAUAUAUGGCAAUUAUGCUUUCCUGCCUGUUGCUGCGGGAUUCCUUCUUGGAGCUGUAUUUGUAUUUGGAACAGAUGUAUUCUUAGACUAUUUGGGACUCAAUUCAACCAACAUGAUGAUGUCUAUAACAAAAAGUAAAGAAGGCAAAGAGAAAAUAGAGGACUUGGAAAUGAUGGCGGCGCUGAACCGGCCGCAGGUGCCCACGAGCGUGGUCACGCUAGACCCGGUGCAGCCGGCCGACUUCGCGGACUGCAUCAACAGCCAGCACUCGGCGCAGCGGCGGCGGCACCACCACUCGCAGCACUCGCUCUCGGUAACACAUUGUGGCAUUAGCUAUUAA